AUGCAGCCAGCGCUCACCAGUCGUCCCGGUCCUGUGUGCGCGAGUGGCGAAGAGGUCUUCCAACCCGCCGCUGUCGGCAAGUAUACAAACAACGUGGACAAUUCAUGCACUGACUGCUUCCCCGUUUCUAGCUCGAAUUCUUUCACUCUGGCAAGGUCAUCGCAUAUUCAAUUGUAUUACCAAAACGUCGGUGGUAUGAAUACAUGUCUGGAUGACUACCUGUUGUCAAGUUCGGAUGAAUGUUUCGAUAUCAUCGCCUUGACAGAGACUUGGUUGAGUGAAAGUACUUUGUCUUUGCAAGCAUUUGGUGCGAACUAUGAUGUGUUCCGUUGCGAUCGUGAUUCCCGCAACAGUUCGAAGAAAAGCGGUGGAGGCGUGCUUGCGGCUAUUCACCGACGUUUAAAAGCGCAACUUAUAACAAACGUUUCUGGUAGCAGUGUCGAGCAGGUAUGGGUUCAAAUUUGCCUGAACACAUGUUCCUUUUUUCUUUGUGUGGUUUAUUUUCCACCGGAUCGUACACGUGAUUUGUCACUGAUUGACUCGCACAUUCAGACGCUAGAAAAAGUAGUUUCAGUUCACAUGAAACCGGCAGAUGAUAUUCUAAUUGUUGGUGAUUUCAACUUCCCCGGCCUGAAAUGGUACCCUGCUUCCAACGGCUUUAUGUUCGCUGACCCAAUGAAUUCUUCUUUUCACACCGGUAUCGUCCAUCUGCUUGACCGUUACAGUCUUAACCUAUUGCGUCAAGUGAAUCACGUCGAAAAUGAGCACAACCGAAUUCUCGAUCUUUGCUUUUCAAGUAAAUCCGAUUUUGCACCCAGAAUUUCCGAAGCAGCAAUUCCUAUAGUGAAAUCCGUUAGAUAUCAUCCUCCCCUGCACAUUGUACUUGAAUCAAAUCAAACGUUGGAUAACUGUAAAGUUCCUCAAACCGUCAGAUACAAUUUUAAAAGAGCCGACUACAACAGUAUUGUUGCAUUUCUUUCAAACGUGGACUGGACUGAAAUUCUUGACAAUGAUGAUAUAAAUUUUGCAGCGCAAACCUUUUCCAACGUUCUGAUUUAUGCAAUUGACCAAUAUGUGCCAAAGCAAAUCAGCCAGCUUUCCAAACAAGCACCGUGGCAAUCCGCUGAGUUACGAAAAUUAAAAAGUUUGAAAAGAACAGCUCUAAGGAAAUAUUCCAAGAAAGGUGGUUUUUUGCUUAGGCAAAACUAUUUGGAAAUAAAUAAAGUUUAUAAAAAAACAGCCAAACGAUGUUAUGCCAACUAUUUGCGAAGUGUGCAGAGGAAAUUAAAAUCUAACCCUAAGUCGUUCUGGAAGCACGUUAAUGAGCAAAGGAAAGAGCCAGAUCUUCCUUCGUCUAUGUACUACAACGAUCAACCGACUUCUAGCUUGCAAGAAAUCUGCGACAUGUUUAUGAAGAAAUUCUCUGGGGUUUUUUCUAGAGAUUUUUUAUCAACGGAUCAAAUCUCCCAGGCAGCACGGAACGUUCCUGUUUUGAGUCAAUCGUUGAAUUUCAUCAAUGUUGAUAUUAGCUCUGUCCAAAAGGCUAUCGUUAAAAUGAAGUCUUCAUAUUCUCCUGGACCCGAUGGCAUCCCCGCUGUCGUCUUGAAGAAAUGUUCCAGCGGUAUUGCAACACCCUUAUGUCAACUGUUUCAACAGUCACUCACGACUGGAGUAUUUCCUGUUGUUUGGAAAUCUUCUUAUAUGUUCCCAGUGCACAAAAAAGGAGACAGGAAGAAUAUCGACAACUAUCGCGGCAUUACCUUACUUAGUGCAAUUCCUAAGCUGUUCGAACUGGUUGUUCUGGAACCCAUUUUCAAUCACUGCAAGCACUGCCGCAGUACUGGUGAAUGGUUUACCUUGCCCCAUCCGGCUGCUGCACCACCUUCAUCUGCAUCUACUCGACGCGUCGUUCAGAGGACCGGCCUCCUCGGUUCAGCCAGGAAUGCACUGAUCGCAGUGGAACUAGGGGUUGUUUGCAUUGUGUCGUACUGCACCUCCUCUUAUCUUAGCCUCUCCUCGCUAAGCUCGCGCAGAAAAGCCAUGUCUGUUAGUCCGUACUUCUGGUGCCGACGACGAAUGGCGGUGCGGUGGUGCUCGUCCACAAACCUGACCACGGGAUUUGAUUCCCUCGGUUCCCCAGGCGUCCUUGUUCUAUGCAGUUAUGCAACGGUGGCACAGCUGCCACAUCUAGACUGCAUUGUUCUAAGGAUCAGCUAUGGAUGCCUGGCAGAGAGGGGCUUUGGAAUGGAUCGUCCGGAACUGCAGCAAAAACUUCCGCUUCCAACCGUCAACGGCGAUGAGCCGUGGCUGUUCAUGUGGCAGAUGCACGCAUGA